AUGAGCGCAGCACCAGACCUGAAUGCGCCGGGGAACCGGUUCGAGAAGCGCAACAACACCAUGCCGGGGCUGAGCCAUCACCUGCCGGCCGAGAAGCUUCGCUUUUUCUCCAGCCCGCUGGCCCGUCGUGCCGGAGACAGCGAUUCGCAGGGCCAGACCGGGGCGUAUGCGUCGGAUCACAAACACGACGAAUGCAAACACCCGCGCAGCCCUGCUGACGAGCUGCCCGAGCUCAAAAAGCAUGACGGACCUACCCUGCUCGAGCUCUUCUUCGAUCUUUUCUUCGCCGCCAAUUACAAUGCCUUUUCGGACACUCAAAAAGUCACCAAUCACGCACGCUUCAAGGCCUACGUCGGCUAUUUCUGCUUGCUGUGGUUGACUUGGUUUCUCGUCACCCUCUUCGACGUUCGCUAUGUCACAGACAGCAUCUUUUCUCGCCUGACGAGGGCUAUUCAGCUCGGUGUGCUGGUCGGCUUCGUCGUCGUGGCCCCCAAAUUUGACCCAUCGGACCAGCACUCUGACACGAUGCGCGCAAUGUCCAUAAUCCUCGCCGUCUCACGCGCGUGUCUGGCCGUCGAAUACGGCGCUACACUGUGGCAUCUGAGGAAGUUUAAGAGGGCCCGUUUGCCCAUCUAUACGCAAAUCGGCCUCCACAUCGUCUCGUCAUUGGUUUAUCUCGGUGUAGCGUUCUGCUUUAGGAACAACAAUAGGAGCCCAGUCUAUAUGGUCUGGUAUUUCUUCUCGGGAGCCGAGGCCAUCGGCAGUCUCCUCAUAUCGAACUUUUCGCCCGUGACAAGCCUCACCAAGACGCACUUGAUGAAGCGUAUUACGCUGCUCACCGUUAUGAUCAUGGGCGACGGCAUUAUCCAACUGGCAAAAGAGGUCGUGAUUAUCGUUAGGAACCUGGAAGCUUGGGAUUCGACCACGAUCGGGCUCGUGACGGCCGCCACCACAACCAUCUACUUUCUCUUCUUAAUCUAUUUUGAUUGGAUGAGAUCCGGUUACUACCUGCCCGCCCUGCGUCAGCAACUUUGGGCGAGUUUUCAUCUGCCGCUCCAUCUCGCGCUCGUCUUACACUUGCAAAGCUUCACCCAGUGGCUCAUCUGGUCCACAAUCUGGAACCAGAUCCGCCGUCUGACAGACUUUGCCGAUCCAUCCGAGGAUGCCUUUCUCUUCAAUACGACAAGCAUUGCUGUCCGAGAUAGCAUCAAUGCUUCAGUCCAGGCGUUCCUCCGCGACUACCCCCCCAAAGCACUGGAGACGGUCGAGACGAUCAACGACGCGCUCCGAAACCUCACCACGAUACCUGAUAGCUUCUGGUCGUCGCUUGCAAAAUAUUCCGCUUCGGGGGAUUUUGAAGGCGACAUUUCGAGAACCAGCAACGUGCAAGGAUUCGGCACAUUUGUCGACUCAAUCUUUUACCUGGUUACAACGCUUGGCAAUGUCCUUUUUCAAUCGUUCGGCAUCGAGAUCCAAGGUGAACUUACCGCCCAAAAAUCCAAGACGCAAGAAAACCUUAAAGGGGGCGCGCUGCAGUUCAAGGUCCAUGAAAAAACGUGGAGUCGCUGUCGGCUAGUGUUUGCCUAUGGAUACAUCUCAGCUGGCUCAACCGUCGCUUUAAUGGCCACACUAGCCAUCAUCGCGCGGACGGCGCCGUUCAAGACGUGGCCCAUUGUCCGAAUUGUCCUCGUCUAUCUCUUAGCUUUGGGAACCUGUCUAACUGCCUUGCUAUGGUAUGACGAGGAGAAGAGUGAGGCCUUCCUAUCAGGUCCAUGGGUUUUGCCGACCAUCACCUUUGUUUGGUCCCUCGUAUUAAUGGUCACGCACAUCAACGGGGAACGCGGCAGGAGGCUCGCGAACCGAUUCAACCUCUGUUGA